GGCCCGGCUGGACGAGUGUCUGGCCCUUUAAGGGCCGCCCCCGAGGAGGUGCCAGGCCCUGGUGGCUCCGAUCUCUCCUUCCUGGUCCUGCGGGGCAGGGACUGUCCGUAGAGCUGUGGGAGGGCAAAGUGCCCGGACCGGCCCAGGUGUCCCCGGCCAGGCCCCAUGGCCCUGGUCACCGUGAGCCGCUCCCCCCCGACCAGCGGCCACUCCACGCCUGUGGGGCCCACGGACCAGGCAUCCAAGCGGGGAAGCCGGCUCCAGCGAAGGCAGAGCUUCGCAGUCCUUCGCGGGGCUGUCCUGAGACUGCAGGAUGGAGAGGACGAGGGAGAAGCAGCUGAGGCUGGCCCCGAGGUGGUGGAGAGACCCCCAGGUGAAGAACAGCCCCACGGGGACCAGACGGAUGAUGGGCAUGGGCCCCAGAGCCCCAGGAAGCAGGAGCAGAGCCAGCACCUGCAUCUCAUGGUGGAGCUGCUGAGGCCGCAGGACGACAUCCGCCUGGCAGCCCAGCUGGAAGCAGCCCGGCCCCCCCGGCUCCGCUACCUGCUGGUAGUUUCCACACGAGAACACCUGAGCCGGGAUGAGACCGUCCUCCUGGGGGUGGACUUCCCCGAUAGCAGUUCCCCCAGCUGCACCCUGGGCCUGGUCUUGCCUCUCUGGAGUGACACCCAGGUGUACCUAGAUGGAGAUGGGGGCUUCAGCGUGACGUCUGGUGGGCAGAGCCGGAUCUUCAAGCCCAUCUCCAUCCAGACCAUGUGGGCCACACUCCAGGUGCUACACCAGGCAUGUGAGGCGGCCCUCGGCAGUGGCCUUGUGCCGGGGGGCAGUGCCCUGACCUGGGCUGGACACUAUCAGGACAGACUGAGCUCCGACCAGAGCUGCCUCAACGAGUGGAUGGCCAUGGCCGACCUGGAGUCUCUGCGGCCUCCCAGCGCCAAGCCUGGCCGGCCCUCAGAACAGGAGCAGAUGGAGCAGGCGAUCCGGGCUGAGCUGUGGGAUGUGCUGGACACCAGUGACCUGGAGAGCGUCACUUCCAAAGAGAUCCGCCAGGCCCUGGAGUUGCGCCUGGGCCGGCCGCUGGAACAGUACCGCGACUUCAUCGACAACCAGAUGCUGUUGCUCAUGGCCCAGCAAGAUCGCGCCUCCCGCAUCUUCCCCCACCUCUACCUGGUGAGCAGCAGCUGGAGGGAUUCCCAGCCUUAA